UUUGUUAGGUUUCUUUCAAUAAAUGCGCUUAUCUAACUACUGCUUUUGCGUGCACUUGAAUUUGGUACACCAUCUCAGGUGAUCUAAUUGCUUCCCGUGUUUUCUAGGUUCCGGACUCGAGAGAUUGUUUGAGGACUUCAACUUUGAGCAGUUUGCCCCAUUCCACACGACUUCUAUCUACAACCAGUCAAGAGAACUCCAUUGAAUUCCAUCUAUUCUCCUGGAGAUUAAUGGCUGGUCUCAAGAGACUGUUUUCAGGACUUAACUCAUGGUUCCGGACUCGAGAGAUUGUUUGAGGACUUCAACUUUGAGCAGUUUGCCCCAUUCCACACGACUUCUAUCUACAACCAGUCAAGAGAACUCCAUUGAAUUCCAUCUAUUCUCCUGGAGAUUAAUGGCUGGUCUCAAGAGACUGUUUUCAGGACUUAACUCAUGGCCUUUUUAUUAAACAGAUAGUUUUGUCAAAUCUCCAGAAUGAGUUUGCAGCACAGAUGCCAGCACAGCAGUUGCUUACCUGACCCCCCUUUGUUUUCAACUAAAUCAAGAUUGGUGAAGCAUCUCAAAGAUUACCAUAUCAUUGGGAGGAAGGAAUCAAUACUGUGUCCUGAAGAUGGAUGUGAAGCUAAGCCUUUUGAUUCCACAACUGCUUUUAGUCAACAUCUGAGCAAAAGGCAUUCAUCAUGGAGAUCUACAGAUAUGGAUGUGGAUCUACAGCAUAUAGCAGCAGCCGGCAGUGUUCGUGAACCUGAGGAAUCUCACACUUAAACUGAUACGUCAACUGAUCAACAGACUUCAGCUAAUAUUUCUGUUGACCAACAAACUUCUACCAACAAUAAUGUUCAUGACAUAGCUGCAUUCUAUCUCAAGCUUGAAUCUGUGAAUUUGGUUCCAGCGUGAACCGUUCAGGACAUUGCUGAUGGUGUUCAACGUCUGAACAAAUUAUCCCAUGAAGCAAUUUGUAAAGUCCUUACUGAAGAGAUGAAGGACAAGAUACCUGACAUAUCCAUAGAUUCUAUUCUAUUAAGAGUUAAACUCAAUGACCCUGUUCUCAGUGCUCAUCACAAAGCGAUAUCUGGACCCAAAUUAACAACAGAGUACUUACGUAAGGAGUAUUAUAGAAAGUAUUUUCACUUUCAAGAGCCUGUUGAGUAUGUCAUUGGUCCAGACCCCAUGCUGAGAGACCACACAUUAGCCUACGUUGCUAUAAGAAGAAAUUUGGAGAAUAUGUUGGAGGAUCCAACCAUUCAAAAGCAGGUUGAUGCUUCAUUCUUGGAAGAGAUUCCAGAAACAAGAUCACACAAGACGGUUAUUAAGAACUACACUGAUGGCUCAAUUUACAUUAAAAGAGCAAAACUAUAUGGCCGUAAACGAUUUUGCCUGGUCUUAUUUGUGGAUGCCUUCAACCCGGCCAAAUCCAGCUCAAGAAAUGACCAAAGAUACAAAACUGUUGGUAUGUACAUGUCUCUGUUAAAUUUGACUCCUGCCAGCCGAUCCAAGCUGUCCAGUGUCAAACUUGUUAUGCUGGUGCUGAAUAAGGUCUUGAAUGACCACAGAAAAGAAUGCUUUUCUUUUGUUAUAAAUGAACUGAAAACUCUUCUUAGUGAUGGUAUUGUCUAUAAAAAUGAGAAAAUUCCUGUAACACUUGAAAAGAUUGCCGGGGACAAUUUAGGGCAACAUAUGCUAGCUGGCUUCCUGGAGAGCUUCCACCCAAAUAUUGAAUUUGCUUGCCGCUAUUGUGAAAUUAAGAACAAAACUUAUCUGGAGAAACCAUGGGUGAUUGGUGAUAGAAGAACAUCAGAAUCAUAUGACAAAUGUGUGAUAGAGCUACAACAGCUGAAAGAGACUUUAACUGUUACUGGUAAACUUAACCCGGAUAAGGUUUAUAGUGUUAAGGGAAUUAAAUACAACAGUGAGUUCAAUGAAGUGCCUCUCUUCCACGUAUGUGACCCACAUCUUUCACCUUGUGUUGGCCAUGACGGAUUUGGUGGCACAUGGGAAGCUGAUAUGGCCAUGAUGAUUUCGUACUUUGUGAACAGCAAGGAAUGGAUGACCUACGAUUUGCUGAAUAGUAGAAUAAAGGACUUUCAGUUUCUUGGCUCUGAUGGUACAAAUGUACCUGCUGCUGUCAAGAUAUCAAGUGAGAAGUUGGGAGGGCAUGAAGUUCAAAAUUGGACCCUUAUUAGACUGUUUGUACUUAUUGUUGGGGAUCUAGUGGUAACUAGUGAUCCAGUAUGGCAACUUUAUCUUAAACUGAAAUGUCUGAUAGAGUAUGUGUGUGCUCCUCAGCUGACCCUAGAACAAAUUAACCACAUGAAGUAUCUAUCAGUGGAUUACCUGAUAGCAAGAUGUGAAGAAAAUUCAACAAUAAAAAUGCAUACUACAAUCAAAACCCACUAUACAGCACACUUUGCAGACUUGUACGAGUUAGAAGGACCUCUUUGCCAGGCAUGGACCCUACGCUUUGAAAGCAAGCAUGCUGUUUUGGGAAGAGAGCUAGAAAUGAGUCGAACUCAUGUGAAUGUCAUUUCAACAAUGGCCAAGAAAGAUCAGCUGUUAACUAGCUAUCUUGUAACUCAAGAUAUGUUUCCAGAAAGUCCUUAUGACCAAAAGAAAGCUUGUCGUGUAGUGAAGGAUAAAUAUCCUGUCCAUUAUCAAACAAUUCUUCAAGGAAGGGUGUUUACGGAGGAUGCUCAAGACGUUCAAACUGUGACUGUUGACAACCAAGAGUUUAGACGAGGAAACCAUCUUCUCCUAUCCAAGAAAGAAGAUACCAUCACUGUAGCAAAGAUACAGUAUAUUAUUUGUGAUCAAGUAGACACAUUUCUUCUUGUAGAAAAGUAUGAAUCUACACUUCUUAAAGACUAUGGCAUUUAUGAAUUGAAAUCUGAUCAACACGCUCUUUCGUCAGAAAUUUUACGUUAUUCAUCAUCUGCAGAUUGUGUACUACAACCUGUCUAUGAGUUUGAAGAAAAGCAGUGUAAGUAUGCCAUGCUUGAGAGUUAAGUUUAUCAGCGAAGAUCAUGCUAAUUUUUCUGCUAUUUUGUUAAAUAGCAGAUAACAGUAUCAUUGUCUAAGUAUUUCCAAUGAUUUAGUCCAACAGUUACACAUUUAUUGCCUUAUUCUUGUAAUUACAAAGUUAAAUGAUGACAUUUUGUCUUCUUGUCCUACUAUUCAAAUAAUGUUUGUGGAUCUCUUAUAUGUAGCAUUAUUUUUUGUAGUAAGUUUGUGUGUCUCCUGUUAUGUGCCCUUGUGAAAACGAACAGCUCCGAAAGACAUCCGAAGCGGACUUGCUCCGUUUUUACUCCGACUAAUGUGUUUCGGACUGUUUCGGAUGGCUCCGUUUAUGUUAUGAAACGUUUGAAAUUCGGAUGUUAAACGGAGCAGUCCGACUUCAGUCCGAAUCGGACAGUCCGAUUGGCGCCCGAGACCUCCCGUCGGACUGUCCGAUUGACGCCCGGUACCUCUUGUCGGACUGUCCGAUUGGCGCCCGGUCAGAGGGGAGGUCCCCCUAAAAAUUAUGGGGUGCACAUCUGUGUUACAAUGCUGGGGAGACACACUGCGCUGCUUGUAUCGGCUGGGGCUGGGACUCGUUCCUUGGAUCCUCGGAUUCUUUUGGUGUGAAGUCGACGCCUUAGACCGCUGAGCUAACCUGAAACAUGAGGGAGGGCUGGUCCGACAAGCCUCUUUACUCGAGACUCAGUCGACGCAGUCCUUGCGCUCCUACAGACGAACGAUUCCACGUAGAAUGACGCGGUUUUCGACCGUCGGCUGAUGGCGUUACUUCACAUACAUUUAGGGUCAUUUCGUUGUGCUCACUAGUGCAUUAUUUCUCCUAUUCUAAUUUAUUGCAAACACACACCGUGCCGUUCUACCUUCAUGAAUCUUUUUUCCCGGGCGGCCCCGUAUGUCUUAAAUGUUCUGUUUAAUUACCAUUUUUAGCGGCGGCCGAUAGAAAUUACCAAAUCUAAGACGACCUCAAAUUAUUUGAGACAAAAAACAAAAGUUUCCCUAUUUUGCUUAAAUUUGUGCCAUGGACUUGAAAAUGCCUAAAAGGCCAUAUCAAAUGUAUGAUAAAGAAUGGCACGUGAGCACGUAAAGUAUUUAGCACUUCAAAGCUCAAGUUUAUACUUAAUUCACUCUAUUUCUGUGAUAAAUAUUCUUGAACAGUGAGCCUCGGCCGGCAGCACGCCCAGUCAUAAGGGUGCUGACAUGUAUCGGGCUAAAAUCGGACUAGUCCGAAUCGCGUGAGGGACGCCCUGUCGAGCUUUACCCGGACAAGUCCGACGCAUCGGGCGGAAAUCGGACAGUCCGACGGGAGCUCUCGGGCGCCAAUCGGACUGUCGGAGUUUGUCGGGCAAAAAUCGGACAGUCCGGGUCUGUCGGGUAAAAACGGAGCAGUCCGACUCGGGCGACUCGGGCUUUCAGCCCGACCGAGUCGGGCUCCGGAUCUUUUCUGGAGCAAGUCCGACAGCGAUCGGACUGAUUUCGGAACAAGUCCGAGGCCUCAGAGGGUCUCGGACU